AUGAAAAGAAAGGGCGGAACAUACAGCGCGAUCAUAUGGAAACUGCCGGAAUGGACGAUUGUGGCCGCGGCUUCGGAGUUUGCCCCUGAACUUACUGUGAAUGAAGCUGAAUACCGAGGGCUGAUCCUUAGCUUCGAUUUGCUCGCAGAUCAGGCCAGGGGACGGGUGAUUAUCUGUGGAGAUUCAAAUUUGGUGAUCCGUCAAAUGCGAGGAGAAAUGGACUGUAAAGCGCCGGGGCUGCAAUUGCUGAGGCACAAGGCUAUGGAGAAACUGCGAUCGUGGCCUUCACACGAGUUUCUACACAUGAAGCGAGAUUGGAAUCAGAGCGCAGAUCGACUGGCGAGUGAAGCUCUACAGCAAGAGAAAGGGACAGUUGUGUUUUCCGAUCAAGAGCGGCAGGAUUUGAUUACACUCAAUCGGCUAAAUGAAUUGCUACUACCAGAAUGA